AUGUCAUUUUUUUCAUCAUUUGAUUUAAAAUCUAUUCAAGAUUCAUUACCAUCAGUUGGUCAAGUCAGAGACACCUUUUCAGAAUCAUUAGCUAAAGUCAAUGCUGGUAAAACUGUUGAACAAUUCAAAGAAUCAAUUCAACCAUUCACUUCCAAAACUACUCAAUUGAUUUCAGAACAAGUUAAACAAGUUCAACAAUUAGCCAAUAAUACUAAUCCUAAUGUUGAAGUUAGUGAAUUACCUGAAGAUUAUUUACAAUUAGAAGCUAAUUGUGAUUUAUUAUUGAAAUUAUAUACUGAUUUAAUUCAAUUUACAAAUGAAACUUAUGGGAAAUUAAGUUAUGAUUAUCCUCCAGGUAACUAUGCAAUUAAUAAGAUUAAAGAUGCCAAUGUUGGUGGUGUGAUUGGUGCUAAGUUUAAUCAAUUAAGAAAUGCUUCUUCUCCUCAAGAAUUAGAAAAGAUCUUACUUGGUGGCAAUAAUAAUGGUCAACAGCAACAACAACAGCAAGCUACUGAAGGUGGUGUUUCUAUUCAACCUACUUCUCCAGAUCUUGCUAAGACUUUAUUUGGUCAAUUAUCAGCUAUUACAAUUAAGCAUAGUGAAGAAUUAAAAGCUUCUGAAAAUCCACUUUCAUUUGCUCUUUUACAAGUAUCUUCAAUCUAUCAUGAAAUCGGAGUUGCAAGAUUAGAUCAAGAUAAGAAGAUAAUGUCUGAUGUUAAUCAAGCUUUAGUUGUUAUUUUAAAUGAACAAUUUAUUAAAGUUAAUGAAUUACGUAAGAGAGUAUAUGCCGCCAGAAGUUCAUUUGAUGUAAUUAGAGCUAAAUAUGAAGAUGAUCCAGAAAAUGAAGAUUUAAUUGCUAAAGAAGAUGAAUUAGUUAAUGCUACUGAAGUUGCAGUAUUGGAAAUGAAGAAAUUAUUAAGACCUUCUAAGAAUAUUGAUUUAUUGAAAGUAUUUGUUAAAGCACAAAAGGAAUAUUUUGAAUUGAAUGCAAAGAAAUUGGCAGAAUUAUUAAAUAGUUUAAAUAAGAUUCCUGUUGAAGAUGAAGUAGAUGAAGAAGAAGAAUAA